UUCACUCAGUCAGUCCGUUCUGUGAGCUCGCCGUUGUGUGAUGUGUUUUUUGUGUUACGUUCGACUGCGCGUCGGGUUUAACUUGUAGUAAAAAAAGGCACGGGUUUUCCUUCUCCCUGCAUUAGCUGUUUCUCAGUAAUGACUGUUUAGCCGGAAUGUUUCGUCAUCAAUAAAAGUUUGUGCUUCGAUUGUUCGGUAUGGUAAAUUAUCAAUCAACGGAAAAUUCGAGAGAAAUUGAGUAGAAAAACUAAAAAACGUGAUCGCGUAUAUGGAGGCAGUUUUUGAAGUGAUCACUUCGAAAAACUUCCAGUCUUCAACGAUCGAACGGUCGGCAGGUGGUUGUUCUGAUCGUCCAUCCCGUUCUCGCCAAGGUGAAACCGUAGCCUGUCUGCCAGCAAGGAAGAAAAGCAAUCAUCACCGUUCCUGACGUUGUUUGCUCUGAGCUGCGCUUCGUGCUGAGAGAGUGUUUGUGCGAGCGUGUUUAUGUUUAUCGAUGGCUGUACCCCUGUAUCACCACCGGCAAAGGUGACCCGAGCAAAACUGGUGCUUUGAUUAGGGGUGCUGAAUCGCUCCUACUAGCGCUACCUGUGUGCGUGUAUGUGUGCUUGGAGCAGUCGAUCCUUAAGCUGCUCGCAGACGAAAAAACGCGUCGGGUUUUACGAUUCUCAACUGUUGCAGCAUGCGAUAGUAGGUAGAUUAAUUCGAUUAGUGAAGUGUGCCGGUUGCAAUAACGGAAGCGGGAAAAAUUUGCAAAACAGAAAGGUGUGCGCGCGCCGGAGUAAAAGGGGCCAGAACAAAACAGUUGGCUGAAAACAUCAGUUGUUAUGACAACGAAAUAAAAAAUAACAAAUCCCAACCGAAAACAGGGCAGGUGCUCGCGUAGUGUCAACUGUGUUUCGUUAUAUUUUAUUUCUUUUCUAUGAAUGAAAAAUAUUGUUGAAUCAAUGAGUGCACAACUCGAUUUGGUAGUAGAGCAAAGAUAAAUCGCUUAUUUUGAUCGUGUUAAAUCGAUUUUGUUGAAAUACAAGUGUGGAAGCUAGAGCCAAUUGCUACCAUGAAGGUGACCGUUUGCUUCGGAUCGACACGGUUUGUCGUUCCGUGCCCACCCGGAACGACCGUUCGAAAGCUGGAACAGGAGGCGAUUAUUCGCUAUAAAAGAAAGAACCCAGAAUCGUGGGUCGUAGUGCAUCACCUUCAGUCACAGUCCGGCAUCCUUGAUCCGGAUGAUCAGGUGAGCGACGUCGCGGACGACCGAGAGGAAAUACUCGCCAGCUACGAGGACUGCCCGGGUGGACCAGAACCAGGAGUUCCACAGGGUUGUGGGGAUGGUGCCAGCGGUAGCUCGGUCGGCACUGGAAGUCCAGACAUCUUUCGUCCGGAGCCGGGCAAGUACGGGCCGGAAACUUCAACGCCUCAUAUUGAGGUUACCUCCAACGAGCAACCACCCGGUGGACUGGGACUGCAAGUGCGACGUGGCAGUGAACCGUCGCUGCAUCAGAUCGGAGUUACAGAUCAGCGGAGCCCGCUGUACAAUGUAAAUCCCAACGGGCAUCAAGACACAAAACGAUGGUCCGCAGCACCGGUCUGUCGGAACGACAAUGACCCUCCGGAGCGGCUGCUAUCGCCAUCGAAUGGGGUUCCGUACAUGGCACCCGAGUGGAACGUAUUGCCGGAGGAAGAAUCUCAUGACAGUUUGCCCCAACAGUUUUCUCGCUCGGGUCGGUUGUCGAUGCAGUUUUUGGGAGCAGAGGCCGCCAACGGCUACCGGUGGAUCGAUGCAGCAGAACGCGCAGCCGCCAACGUCGUUGGCGGCGUAUACAAUGGAACCAGCGCGAACAGUAGUUUUAACUCAAAAUCCCUCCCGCGGGAAUCUAAGCGAAGGGAACCACUCGGACAGGCAAAUGCCUCCGUUUACGAAUCGAUACGAGAGAAAGAUGGUGAAAUGCUUUUGGUAGUGAACGAAAAUGGCGGUCCAUUAGGUCUGACGGCUAUUCCGGACCCGGACAACGGUGGACUGCUAGUGCAGAGCGUCGAACCGGGCGGCCGAGCCGAUCGGGGUCGGGUGCGCCGGGGUGAUCGUAUUCUCGAAAUUAACAAUAUCAAAUUGAUUGGUCUCUCGGAGAGUUCCGUGCAGGAACAUCUCAAGAAGAGCCUUUCCUCACCUGAACUGCGGUUACGGGUGAUUCGGGCGGCGAAGCAUCGCCGGGACAACCGUGUCUCGCAGAUGAUCGAGGCCGAGGAAAAACCGACCGGCGCCAAAGUGGCCACGGUCUCCCCGACGAGAAAGAUUCCCGGGGCUCCGUCGGGGAUCAGUUUGCAGACAGCUAACACUCGAAAACCCGGUAAGCGUAUCGAGAUUACGCUGAAGAAGGGAAUUAACGGGUUAGGAUUUUCCGUCACCACCCGGGAUAAUCAAGCGGGACGACAGUGUCCGAUCUAUAUUAAGAAUAUUCUGUCGAAAGGUGCCGCCGUCGAGGACGGCCGACUGAAGCCGGGUGAUAGGCUGCUGGAAGUGGAUGGUGUUCCCAUGACUGGGAAGUCUCAGAGCGAGGUGGUUUCUAUUCUUCGGGCGACGGAGUAUGGAGCAACGGUAGAGUUGGUCGUUUCCCGGCAGCAUGAACUCGCCGAAACGGAGGAAAGAGAAAUUGGCUGCGGGGUGGAAAAUGAACAGAAAAAUACCCCACCGAAACCACCGCCUCCGAUUCUACCAAAAUCGUCCGUCAAACAAACCACGCGAGCCAAAUCGGAGGAAAUUCUCGACACACGCGAAGCGCGAUCGACAGUAUCGAAGCCCUCAAAUGUAGCUAACGGUGGUACACCACCUAAUAGCGUUCUGAAGAAACCACUGGCAUCGAUACUCAAGUCUGCAUCAACAAACCAAGUUUCGGAACUGUACCAGGAGCAAUCGCCACAACAGCAGCAACCCUCCACUAACAGCCAUGCAGGCGGAUUUCAGUGGAAGAAUCGCGAGAUUCUCUCGCUUCACAUUCCGGUAUACGACACGGAGAAGGCCGGACUGGGAGUAAGCGUGAAGGGCAAAACAGGAUCGGGCAACAGUAGCACCGGAAGCACCGGUAGCAGUAAGCAUGAUGGCGAUUUGGGUAUUUUCGUAAAAAGCGUGCUGCACGGUGGAGCAGCCAGCCGGGAUGGCCGUUUGAAGAUGAAUGAUCAACUGUUGAGUGUUAACGGAGUUUCCCUGCUUGGACAGAGCAAUGCAGAAGCGAUGGAUACGCUGCGGCGAGCGAUACAGACGGGCGGUAGUAACCAUCCGGGCAAAAUCAUUCUCACCGUGGCACGCCGGAUUGGGCGACCAGUCAGCACUGGCGAGUUGCUGGUAGAAACGGUCGAUAAUUCCAACUCCAGCGAUCAGUCCGGAGCGACUGUUAUCUAUCUCAGUCCCGAUAAACAACAAGAUAAACCGCAACAGCAGCAGCAAUCUUCCAGCGAUAAACAUCAACAGCACAAACGGUACAGUAAUCCGGUGCUGGACCGACUUACCGGCGGUCAAUCUGGAAGCGGCAGCAGCAAUAGCCUGAAUCCUCUGAGUGCCAGCACCACAGUCACCGAUGGUGGUAGUCCCUGCAACCAAAGACCAUCACCACUAUCGAACCAUGCGUUACGCAACGAAAGCUACUAUAUGGCAACCAACGAUAAUUGGAGUCCGGCUGCCAAUCUCAACGGCAGUAACGCGGUCCUUAUUGAGGAGGAUCCUGAACCAACCUCACCAACUUUCCAUCUGGUGCGUCCCUCGGAUGAAACCAACUCCACGUCGACCCCGAACGGAGAUGUCACAUACGCGAGUCAGCUUUCUCUAGAUACCAACCCGCCAGCGGCGGAUGCUUUCAGCAGGGACGCUAUCGGUAGACGUUCGAUGUCCGAGAAACACCAUGCGGCUCUGGACGCCCGAGAAACGGGAACUUAUCAGCGCAAUAAAAAACUUCGUGAGGAACGAGAACGGGACAAAAAGCUAAACGGUGUCGGAUCUGGUUCAAUGGAAUCACUAACGCAGGUUGGUGGCCGGAUGAGUAGUCUGAAGGCGAAAUCAUCGGAACUGCGAGCCGAGGCUCUGGAUCGGUUGGGUGAGCUCGGACCAUCGCUUGGUAUGAAAAAGUCAUCCAGUUUGGAGUCGCUGCAGACGAUGGUACAAGAGAUUCAGAUGGCGGAUGAACCACGAGGACCAACAGCGCUGCGGACACCUCGUGGUCGUGGACGAGAGGAAAUCCUAAGAGCUGCUGUAGAACGACCACCGGAGACGCAAGCCAAAAAGCACUGGCUCUUGGAGGACGCCUCGCCCGAUGUCGAUUCCGGUGGAUUCGUUCCCCGAGGAAGUCCAUUCCAGUCGUCGUUAAAUGACGGAAAGAAUAAAGUUCGCCACAAGAAGAAUGGGUUAUUCCGAGGUAUCGGACACAUGUUCCGCUUUGGCAAGCAUCGAAAGGAUGGCAUUGCACCGGUCAGCGAUAACGUUCCUGCCGACUAUACGGCCAGCUGGGGCGAAGGCCCCCUGACUAACGGAACAGUGGUUGGAGGCAACCAGCAAAAAGGCCAAACGCUAACUGUGAAGAAUACCAGCUCGAAAGCUUCCAACGGACCCGCUUCGCUCAGUGGUCUGCCGAAUGGUCUUGGAUCCUCCGCGGUCAAUGGACCUGGCGUGGUUGGAAACAGCACGACCACAAACAAGAGCAAUUCGAUCGAACGAACAGCCAACAGCGGCGUGGUGGUAAGCCAACCUCCACUCUAUCAGCCACCUCCACCGCCACCCCAUCAGAAUGGCGCCAGCAUGCCAACCUCCAUUCAUCACACCGAUGUGUUCAACCAUCGGUAUUCGCACUACGUCAACUAUGAGGAACUGCAGCAGCAGAUCAGUAACAGACUAACGCAGACAUCGCGUGCCUCGUCCUACGGUGAUCUCGCUAGUGGUGGUAGUUCCGCUAACCAUAUUUACGCCCUAAUCAGCCGUAGUAUCGCUAACGCUAAUACCGCUAACAAUGCCGCAGCAGCAGUGCGAACGCCUUGCAUUACCGACCCGACCAGCGGCCACAGGUCGCAGUCCACCUCGCCGGUUCUGAGUCAGGAGGAGUUCAUCUCGAACGUUCGACGUUUCCUGCCAACAACAUUAGUUUCACGGCAACAAUCCAUCAGCCCCACCAGUGCUAUCAACACAUGCCACCAACGGCAACUAAGCAGCGAUUACUGUCGGUAUGUGAAUCGAGCCCUGCAUGGGGACCGGUCACCUACUACGAUGACGCUGCCCGGUGUCUCCGGUGGCCAUAGUCCAGUAGAUUUAGCACUGUCAGAAUCUACGCUGGAGCAGAUGCGCCAACAGGUGCGCCGCCAGCGGGAAAAGGUGGAGGAGGAAAGUCGACGUCAUCAUCAUUAUCAUUCCCAAAGAUCGGCCCGAAACACGCCACCAGUAGAGCUGGCCAUCUAUCAUCACCAGCAGCAACAACACCAGCAGAAACUCAAACAACCCCGUCCAGUAUCUAGCUAUUACGAUGGUGGCUACGAAACCAUUCAACACAAUGGGGGCGGAUCCCAGCGCAAAUCAAGUCAUCCCUCUUCACCUUCGAAACAGCCGCAACAACAACCGCAGCAGCAGCACGGUAACUGGAAUGGUGCCAUUUCGUCAAACGGACCAACAAGUAUGAGUUCCGCGGGAUAUCAACACCAUGGUUCCAUCCGUAGCCGGGGUCCCUUUGUGACGCAGGUGCAGAUUCAGAACUCGAUGCCUUAUCAGUGAUUGCGUAUACAUUGCCUUAGAUGAAACCAGUACUGUGAUGUAGUGAACGGAAAAAAAACGAAAGAGAGAGUAGAAGAUGGCUAACACAUAACCGUGAAUCUAUCUAGCAAUGGGUCCACUUACCGCCGUGGUCUGUCUCGAGUUUAUUUAUUUUUCACGCGAUUAAAAAAGUGAUGUUUUAAAUCAUUUUUUUAGUUACCAUUAUUCUCAAAUCUGUUGUUAUCUUCACUAAACCGUUGACAUUUAGAAUCAGACUUUUAUUUCCAACCACAGAGGUUAAGAUAUAAAAUGAAUCUUCUUUUAAGAAUUAACGCAGUUAUAACGACGAAUUAACGCUUUUAUUACCCUCAUUCAUUCAUUAAUCCAGCCGAUGCUAAGCGAACGAAAGUACUUUCUCAAGCAUAACUAAAGUGAUUAGAGUAGACUUAUACAGAACUUGUAAAUUAUUGUAUGAUUGACGAUCAAUGCCAAUUACACAGCGGUUUGUGUAUAUUAUCAGAAGCCUAAUUAUGUUAUUAUUAAUGAAUCCUACGCAGAACGUUAAUCUCCUCUAGCUGGUAAUCUGCAUGUGUAUAUAUAGCGGUUAUUCGGAAACAGAUGAUUUUUAGGGCAAUCGGAAGUAAGUGACUUCCUCAUCAGGAGCCCCAUAUAGUAGGAUAAUCUUACACGCCUGCGCAUCGCUAGCGUUCCAUAAAGUACUUACUUUAUUUACUUUACUUUUUUUCGCUGCCUAAGCAGUCAUAGAUCUUAUUUUUCCAUCCAACCGAUUCCGGAAUGUAUUAAAACGUAACAUGGGAAUUACAUACACUGUAUUGUAUAGUACUCAAAAGUCGGUAUAUAUAUAUGUAAAAAAGUAAACGCAGUAAUAAUUUCCUGAAA